AAUGAAAAGUAUAGUUUGUCCAUACAUACAUAUAUACAUUAAUGUAAAGAUAAGAAUUAAUACAUGAGCACGUAUGCUUGGAUAAGCGCUAUCGGGCCCAUGUGUCAGCCUAUUGAUUCCAAUUAAUAGAUAUUUUAAUGAUUGCGAAAAUAUUAGUCGGCGGCGGUAAUGCAUUGCAGCACUGCAUUGUGAUGUAAUGGCAAAAGGAAGGGCAAUUGCACGCAUAUACAUAUGUUUGGAGAGAAAAAGAUUCAAGUAACGAAAAUAAAAAAUUAUAUGUAUGAGUGAUGUGCGAGUAUACACUCAACAAUCAACUGAACGCGAUUAGAGGCAGUCGAGCCGCAGAAACCAACGGACUUGCAAUUCCACAAAAACCAAGAGAAUGGCAAGAGCAAAGAGACCGCUUGCCGCAAAGAAUACAGAGGAGCAACGUUCGCUGCUGACAGAUAUAAACUUAGGCGAUCUGGACGAAGAAGUAAAGUUGUCAGGAAAGGCAGCCACUGCAAAAAUACUAACCCGUGGCACGUAUAGUAUAAGUGUUCGGAAUCGGCGAAAAUAUUGGUACUGGCAGCGGGGCGCUCUGCGCCGAUUCCUCUUCUGCGUUCCAGUGGUAUUCUUACUGGUUUUGGUGGUAUUCUACCUACCCAUCUAUACGGAUGUGCAAAAUCGACGCUCUGCAUUACCAGAUUGGACGUAUAAUACGUCGCGCGACAUUAAGGAUUAUGUACUUCCAUUGGAACAAACAGCAUUGAUUGUGCCACGUGAUUUCUGCCGCGCUAAGACCUUCGUAAUUAUAGCUGUGUGUUCAGGAUUACAAAAUUUUGUGCAACGCCAAACAAUACGUGAAACUUGGGGAAACACUACGGAGUUUAAUUAUUCAAAGUUUUCCAAAUUACAUGGUCACUUGAAAGGACACUACUUGGAAAGGAUUCCAGCCCGUUUGAAACUUUAUGAAGACCACCUCAAAAGUGCGCCAGUACGUGUGAUAUUCAUUGUUGGCCGCAGCAAAUACGAAUCAUUAUUGGGCAACGAAACGCUUGAGCGUCUACACAACGAAGCAGAGCAUUACAAUGACAUCAUCCAGGAAAAUUUCAUUGAUAGCUAUAACAACCUCACCCUGAAGUCGGUGCUGGCACUAAAGCAUAUGAGUAAAGACUGUUCCAACAGCAGCGCCUUCUUUCUGAAGUGCGACGACGACACUUUCGUAAAUGUGCCGAAUUUACUGCACUUCCUGUUAGGUGGGACUUUGCCGCUCUACAACGACACGCUCGAAUACUACGAUGUGUUGACAGCGAUGGUAAUGUCGCCGGAAAACCGCCUGAAUGCCACGAAAGGAAUUAUGCGGGGCCAUCAAUUUUGUUCAGCCCGACCUGUGAGUAAUGUGACAAACAAAUGGUACAUGCCAUAUUAUAUGUACCCCAAAGAGGCCUACCCGAAAUAUCUAUCUGGCGCCGGGUAUCUGAUGUCUAUGGAUGUGGCGCAAGGGCUGUAUAAGGCAGCAUUGAAUACGACACUGAUCUACUUGGAGGAUAUUUACAUUACUGCAUUGUGUGCAGAAAAGGCGCGGGUGAAGCGCCAACACCAUCCACUUUUUAGCUACACAUAUCCUCGGCACUUGUGCGCCUUUAAAGGUGCCAUAACACAACACGAGGUCAAGGAUGACAGCAUGAUGGAAGCGUGGCAGUUCGUUUCGAACUACAGCAUUAAAUGUGAUCCGCCCGGCCGAUACUUUAAGCAGAUGCGUUUGCGUAAGCACAUAAAUUGUUAGAACUGAAGCUAUAAGCACACCAGUAUAAGGCCGUACCAGUAACUAUGAUUGGAUUGCUUCCUUCUACCAGAAUAGCUGGCGAUUCUUAAAGACAUAUUUAUAUAUAUAUUAGUUGUAAACUAUUUACAAAAUAGAUGCCAAUGCUGCGUAAUCGCAGAUAAAUUUAUUAGCUGAUAGCCAAAUUCUAGUGAAACGAUUCUUUCGCUCAUAACAUGACUUACUAUAUGAAAUUUUUCUUUUUAAGACUCAUUUUUACAAGUUUUGUUUAUAAUGCGUUUAGCGGUGAAAGACAUUAUUCUGCACCUUUUUGCACACAUGAAUAUUUAUUAUAAGGUUAAAAUACAUUUACGCACAUUCUUUUUGCCUUGUCAUACGUACUUAUUUAAACUAUUGUUAUUCUAAGCAAGAAUUUUUUGCCAAACGCUCCAGGAGAUAAAGGUUACCUUAGCGAUUUGGAUUUCGAACAAUUUUUAGUUCACAAAUUACUUCAUAUCGACAUAUGAUAUAUUGUAGAAAAUUGACCGAUAAAUUAAAAAAACCGGAACAUGUUUGGAAAUAAAUGCAUAAGAAAAAUAUAACUUCUUUAUGUUGAAAUUAAGACUUCAGCAUAUGCAUACUUAACAAUACUUCCAAUUGUGUAAAUUCAUCUAAUUUUCUUAUGCUCUUUAUCGUUGGGUUGUAUUGAUUUUAUGUUGAAAAUAUAAAUAAUACUACGGUCCAGUAACGAAAUAUCCUGUACCUAAGCAAAACUUCUCCGCUGUGUUAUAUGCUGCAUAUCAGAAGCAGAAAUAAGAAGGAACUUGAUACUGCAGUUUGUGGGCGUAUUACUGAAAAACAAUUGUCUCGUUAACUUUUCUAAAUGACCGAUUAGUAUGCAUUUUAAAACAAUAGUAAAACGACAUUACAUGUUCAUUACGCGAAGUAAGGUUUAUGUAGCGGGAGAAGGAAAAAAACCGUAUUGCCUGGAUAUUAGGAUUAUUAACGGCUUUCCCAAACAUCUAAACAGACGGACAUGACUUUAUCGAUUCUUCUCGCCAUGCUGAAUAUAUAGAUACAUUAUGGGUUCGGAGAAGCUUCCUUCUACGUGAAACAUAUUUUGCACAAGCGUACAGGGUAUAAAAAGACUCUUUUUGUGUUAUUUAUUAUUAAACUUUAAUGCACAACUUAAACAUACAUACCUGUUCAAAUUAUCAUUAAGUUACUUAUGCAUAUCUUACAUACUUAUUUGUAGUUACUAUUAUUAAUUUCGUUUAUUACAUAAAAUCCUAUAGCUACCUAUGAGUUACGUUUUUCUUAUGUACAUAAAAAGCGUAUUACUUUAUUUUAUUACUAUAGUAAUUUUACA